CCUGCAGUGACACAACUGCGUCCUCCGUUGCUAGGUUAUUCUUCCCGGGGAAGGCCGAGCCCACAGCGGGGCUGGUUGGUGUCUUUGGCAAAUUAUUAAAAUAUAGUACAGUUUAGAAAUGAGUCGCUGAGGUGGUCGCAUGACGUGAUUAACACCGGAUACUUUUAUUGUGAAGAGGAGUUUGUUGUCUGUCCGGCUUCGCGUCGCCUGCCUCUUCGCUAGCAUCAAUAAAAAGCUACCAUGGGAGGGACGUCUGUCCUGCGGUGAUGUUUGACCGACACUGUGCCGCUGUGCUCGGCUGUGAGUCCUGCUAACCUCGGCUCCGGUGUGGGUGAGUGACCGGGUGAUGUCCGCCCAGCCUCCGCAGCAGCAGCAGCAGCAGCCCGGGGAGGAUCCAGCAGCAGCAGCCCGCUAACCGCAGAGCCAGCCCGGCUAGCCGAUGCUGAUGACUGGCUGUUUUACUGACAUUGAUUUUCAGAGGGAGGCACCAUGGCCGGUAAGGUGAAGUGGGUGACGGACAUAGAGAAAUCAGUGCUCAUCAACAACUUUGAGAAGAGGGAAUGGAUCCCAGUCACAGAAAACGAGGACUGGAAUUUCUACUGGAUGAGCAUCCAGACCAUCAGGAAUGUGUUCAGUGUGGACACCGGCUACCGCCUGUCAGAUGAACAGAUGGUUAACCACUUCCCCAACCACUAUGAGCUGACCAGGAAGGACCUGAUGAUCAAGAACAUCAAACGCUACCGGAAGGACCUGGAGAAAGAGAGCAGCCCGCUGGCGGAGAAGGACGAGAAUGGAAAAUACAUUUAUCUCGAUUUCGUGCCCGUGACGUUCAUGCUCCCGGCCGAUUACAAUUUGUUUGUGGAGGAGUAUCGAAAGAAUCCGUCCAGCACGUGGAUCAUGAAGCCCUGUGGGAAGGCCCAGGGCAAAGGCAUCUUCCUCAUUAACAAACUGUCCCAGAUAAAGAAGUGGUCCAGAGACAGCCGCACCUCCACGUUUGUAGCAGCUUCUAGUGGUAAGGAAGCGUAUGUGAUCUCCCUGUACAUUGAUAAUCCUCUGCUGAUAGGAGGGAAAAAGUUUGACCUGCGUCUCUACGUCUUGGUGACGACCUAUCGACCUCUGAAAUGCUACAUGUACAAGCUGGGCUUCUGUCGGUUCUGCACAGUGAAGUACACGCCCAGUACGAGUGAACUGGACAACAUGUUUGUCCACCUCACUAACGUGGCCAUCCAGAAACACGGGGACGACUACAACCAUGUUCAUGGAGGCAAGUGGACGGUCAGCAACCUACGUCUGUACCUGGAGAGCACCAGAGGAAAGGAGGUGACGAGCAGACUCUUUGACCAGAUCCACUGGAUUGUGGUGCAGUCGCUGAAAGCUGUGGCUCCCGUGAUGAACAAUGACAAGCACUGUUUUGAAUGUUACGGCUAUGACAUCAUUAUCGAUGACAAGCUGAAGCCGUGGCUUAUUGAGGUCAAUGCGUCUCCCUCGCUCACCUCCAGCACAGCCAAUGACCGCAUCUUGAAGUACAACCUCAUCAACGACACCCUCAACAUCGUCACGCCCAACGGGGAAAUCCCAGACUGCCGCUGGAACCGCAGCCCACCCUGGGAGGCCCUGGGCAACUACCAAGUCCUGUACGACGAGGAGCAGGCACAGAGCGAGAAUGCUGAGCGCGACCUGCGGAGCCGCUCUGGUCAGUCGCUGGGGUCAAAGGGCUCCAAGGGGAGUGCAGGCAUUCGCCCCGCCGCCGCCACCUGGAAAUGAGGCCCUACAAACUGAGUGUAACUUAAGGCAGCAGCGAUGUCGGGCUCCUACGACGACUCCAUGAUCGAUGUCUCCAGUGAUAGCUUCUGGGAGGUCGGCAACUACAAGCGAACAG